GAACUUAGAGGAAUAGGAUAUAUGCCUUAGAUUAAGGGCUAUUGGAGUUUUGGAGGUUCUUCUCGAAAAGAGCAGCAGCAGCAAGAGGCAGCAAGUGGGAUACACAGGCCGUCGACGACAGGUCACAUGAAGAGCCUUUUCCCUAAGCUAUGGCGACAAAACACAAAGACGGAACAAAGGGCUUCUAUUACGUUAGGGAUUGGAAGAAAAAGGCGACAAGGAAAUCACAUUUACAGAUUCAUAGAAGGCGAAAAACCAAUAAUCAAAGUUAGGGAACUUACAGGAAAUAUGAGAUAUGCCUUCAGUCAGGUCGAAAAGAGUAGCAGCAGCAGCGAGAUGCAACUAAUGGAUACACAGGCCAUCCACGACAGGUCAGAUGAAGGGGCUUUUCCCGAGGUAUGGCGACAGAGCAGAGGGCUAGAGGAACUUCUUCGAUUCCGGCGGGGAUUGGAAGACUCGGGACGGAGACAGAAACAGAAGCUAUCGCCGGGAGAAUGGAAAUUCGAUUCCGGCGGGGAUUGGAAGACUCGGUGCGAAUACAGAAACAGAAGCUAUCGCCAGGAGAACGGGAAUCAGAAUGGAGAAAGAGAAGAAUUGUUGAAUUGACGUUAAAGACCCUCCGAAGUGUGCGCCGGUUGCAUGAGGGACUGACGUGGCAAAACCUGUAUGUUGACAUUGCCUUAUAUUAUUUUGUAGAUGUAGACAUCCACCGAGCGUGAUAGCACAUCCCACAGCAUUCAUCGCUGAGAUUGGGUUCCUGAAUAUCAACCAUGAAAUCAGCACGACAACUGCAACCUGUAGAAAAAUAAUGAUUCCCGUCAUUGACAACAAAUGGGAAAUCGAUCAUCAGGCAUGAAGUAGUAGAGAUCAAGGGCACUGGAAUUUUACAAGGGGAAAAGAACUGGAAUUUUACUAGUGAUGUGACUUUCAGAUUUUUAAUAAUCCAUGGGGGUGUUGAUAACGAUGUAAUUGCACAUGUUUGCGCCCCUAGUUCUUAUCCGUUUGAGGGGCAUAUUCGUGUGUUGUGGCCUAUUUUAUGCUAGGUUGUGUUCCUUUGUACCAUUUCAGGUCCUAGCACAUAAAGUGAAGCAUAGGCG